UUUUUAUUUCCGGUUUUGAAGCUAGCCUUUUAGCUCAUGGUUUAGCUGUGUCUGCGGAAAUAUUUCCAGUUUUUAAUGAAAGUAUCCUCGGAUAACUUGCAAUCUUAUGGAAAUCUCCAGGAAGCAACGACCGAACUCCCAAAGAAUCGAUGCUCAACGACAACAUGCCUGUGAGGAGGAUGAGGAUGAAUGGCAGCACUGUCGCCAGGAGAGACACUCCAGUCUGGACCAAGCAGAUCCAGAAUCUCCACAGAUCAAAGAGGAAGUGUUCAGCGAUCAGGACGAAGAGGAGCUGCUCCCGAAUCAAGAGGAUGUUGUGAAGGUGGAGUUCAAGACCGAAAGUGAAGAAGCAUCUGAGGACGAUGCUCCACAACUUUGUUUACGCAUUCAGCAAGAAGAGGAGGAGGAAGUCGAGGAAAGGAGCUUCAGUGAGGAGGAACCAGAGCUUCUGCAGAUUAAAGAGGAGCAGGAAGAGCUUUGUAUCAGUGGGGACAAGGAGCAGUUGGAACUGAAGCAGGAGACUGAUGCCUCCAUGGUUACUGGGUAUGAUCAGGAAAAGAUGGACUUCAAAUCAGAACCAUGUGAGAGCCCAGUUCCGAUCCGAGACAGUGAUUUUGUGACAGUCAUCCUGGACAGUCCUUCACAUGAGAGCUCACAUUCCUGCGACACAUGUGGAAAAGUCUUUGCUCAACGUCGCAGUUUGAUAACUCACAUGAGAAUACACACAGGUGAGAAGCCCUACUCGUGUGAUACAUGUGGAAAAAGGUUCCUGGAAUCGUCAACGUUAACUGUCCACAAGAGAACGCACACAGGCGAGAAGCCCUACGUUUGUGAUACGUGCGGAAAAAGUUUUAGUCAGAGUUGCUACAUGGCUGUGCAUAGGAGAACACACACAGGUGAGAGGCCUUAUUGCUGCAAAACAUGUGGAAAGUCCUUCUCUGCCUCCUACAAGCUGACUGUCCAUAACAGGAGUCACACCGGCGAGAGGCCCUAUUCCUGUGAAAUAUGUGGUAAAGACUUUCGGGACAGUUACGGCAUGACCAAACACAUGAAGACUCACACAGUCGAGAGGCUGUUUUCCUGCAAAAUAUGUGGGAAAGGGUUCAAUCAAAGCAGAUAUCUGGCUGUUCAUAUGACCAUUCACACAACUGAAAAGCCUUUUUCUUGUGAAAUAUGCCAAAAAACGUACAGCUACGCUUACAUUCUGACUAAGCACAUGAGGACUCACACAGGUGAGAGGCCUUUUUCAUGUGAAACCUGUGGAAAAAGUUUCUAUGAUUCUUCUUCGUUAACAGUCCACAUGAGAACGCACACGGGUGAAAAGCCUUUUUCCUGCGAGAUAUGCGGAAAGGGUUUCAGUGCAUCUUCCAGACUAACCAUACACAUGAGAACACACACAGGUGAAAAGCCUUUUUCCUGUGAGAAAUGCGGAAAAAGCUUCAGCCACGGCCAGAGUUUGACCGUGCACAUGAGGACACACACGGGUGAGAGGCCUUUUUCCUGUGAUAUUUGUGGAAAAUCAUUCAGCCUAAAGAGUUAUUUGAAAGUCCACAAGAGAACUCACACAGGUGAGAAGCCCUUCUCUUGUGAAAUAUGCAAAAAGGCUUUCAGCCACGCUUGCAGUUUAAACAUUCACAUGGAGUCUCACACAAUUGAGAGGCUGCAUUACUGUAAAGUAUGUAAAAAAGGCUUUAAUCAAAGGACUGCUUUGACAGACCACAUGAAAUCACACAAAUGAAAUCAACUUUUUUUCCAAGGAAAAGCAGUUUUAAUGUAUAUUCUCUAUACAGUUGACAAUUACACAUAAAACACAAAAUGAAUAUGUUUAUUGAUUUUGAUUUGUGUGAGAAUUUUGUGUUUUUAAAGAAAAACAGUAGUACUAUUUGCUGCUUUUGUGUGUUAACAUCUCCCCUAAUGUCUUGAGACAAAACAUUAACAAAUUUGAGAUUUACCAUUAAACAUGUAUCAAGGUUCAGACAUUUUUUAAACUAAAGUUUAGCUUUAGUUUUGCAUCUGCAAAUGAGAAUAUAAUCACCCAUCUAUCCAUUUUCUUAACACAGUUUCCCUUUUGGGGGCUACCGGCCUGUCAGUCUAACCAGGCUACUGUUGGACAAAGCCAGGUCCCCCAUGAACAGGUCGCCACCCUCGCAAACAUAGAGUUCAUAAAGGUGCCUGAAUUCUGUGAACAUCCUCACCAUUUUUUGGCUUUCAUUUAAAGUCUUUUUUGUGUGUGUACAUUUAUUAAUAUGGGCUUCAUGAAAAAAAUUCUAGAUUUGAUUGGAAAACCAAGAAUUUAGGAUUCUUCUAUUUUAAAGAAUGGCAUUUUUCUUUCUUAUUUGCAAGUCAUAAUACACAGCCUUUGUGAUGUUAAAGCGUCUUCAAUUCAUUUCAAUUUUAACAUGAAACUAAAACAGUUGUAUUAGGUGGACAAAAAAAAUUAACUGUUUGUUUUGGACUGGAAACGUAUUUCUGAUAAUAAAAAUCUUGCACAUUU